UGGCUCAUUGUAGCUAUAUAUAUAUAUAUAGAAAAAGUCUGUUAUUUCUUUUUUUUUUCAAGUCCUAUGCAGCCUAAUCUCACUCAACUACAGUACCAACAGUUGCAAAUACAACAGCAACAACAAAGACUGGCCAGUAUGAUGCAACAAAAACAAAGAACUGGACAGCCAUGGGAUGAGAAACAACUCUUGUUACAGAAACAACGGUUAGGCAUGAUGAGACCUACCCCUAUGGUACCUAAUAGACCACGAUUAUCACAGCCUUCUGUUGUGCCUAGCACAAGUCCAGCCAAAUUACCUGAAGCCAAAACCAUAUUAGUAGAAACAGAAGGACAAAAACGAAACCUGAAACAAUACCAAGAACGCGAUGACAUCUAUCAAGACACACUGAAUCUACAACAUAAACGUCAUAUUGAACUUGCUCAGUCUAAAAAGAGAGCGAUUGAACUUGCCAGUAUGGAAAGAAGGACGCGUAUGCAACAUGGCCCUGCUGCUGCUUUUGGACCUGGGUAUCGUGGUUAUGCGAAUGGCAAGACAGGCACACAGAGCAGAAUACGAUUUCCUCAUGAAAAGAAACGUAAAAGAGAAAGCUUUCGAUUUUCACUUGAAGCAUUGAAAGAACAAGCAACCAAAGAAGAGACAUUAGUACCUAUUCGUAUUGAAUUAGAACAUGAAGGCUAUAAAUUAAGGGACACAUUUACAUGGAAUCUAAAUGAAUCAUUAGUGACGCCUGAACAGUUUGCCGAUGUGAUGUGUGAGGAUCUAAGAUUACCAGUGUCUAUCUUUUCAGAUCAGAUAGCCAAGGCCAUUAGAGAACAAAUAGAUGAUUAUAACCUGAAUGCUUCUAGUAUGAUUAAGAAAGAAGAAGAGGAACAUAAGCAGCAACAAAAAGAAUUGUUAGAUGCCAUUCAUCAACCAGAAAAGUUGAUUUCAUAUCCCCAGGAAGAAGGCAUUGAACUAAGAACAGUCAUCAAACUCGAUAUUACAGUAGGCAAUUGGGAACUUUUAGAUCAGUUUGAAUGGGAUAUUGGCUGUCCUAAAAAUUCACCUGAAGAAUUUGCAGCUAAACUCGUCAAAGAUCUUGGUUUAGGGGGUGAAUUCAAAACGGCUAUUGCUCAUUCCAUUCGUGAACAAAUCCAUGUGUAUAUCAAGUCAUUGUUACUUGUGGGUUAUGAAUUCAACUGUGCUUCUAUGAUUGAUGAUGAAAUCAAACCUAGUUUUCUUCCUCAUCUUACUCAUAUUGUUCGUGAUCAUCAAGCAGUAGAGCGAUUUACUCCUUCUGUGAUUGAAUUAUCAGAUGCUGCAGUUGAAAAGAUGGAAAAGGAUCGUAUGCGAGAAGCAAGACGAAAGAGAAGAGGUACGCGUGCUCGUCGUGGUAUUGUAUUGCCUGACAGAGAACCACAAAAGACACACCGUACUGGAUUUGCUGUUGCCCCUGAACAAGAAAUGACAGAUGAACAACUCUUAAAUCAAGGUACAGAACAGUCCAACAAGCGAAGUGCAGCAUUAAAAGCACGCAUGAAUAUUGCAGCAGAAGCAGCCAAUACAGGCGAUGAUUUGUUAGAGAAUCAACCUGUUGGAUUUAAUCGGAUGCCUAUGCAUUUAAAACCACAAUAUCAAGCAUGGACUCCUUAUCAUUAAGUUACAUCAUUCAAUAAAUAAAUAAAUAAUUUUUUUUUUCUUUUUA